UCCGCCUCGGUGUCUGCAGAAGGGAUGCGGCGGCGAGCGCCAUGAGCUGGCGGUCCGGCUCCCGCGCCGUGGUCCUCACCGCCUACCACCCCAGCAGCGGGGCCGGCGACGCCCCCGGCGGCCGUCGGUCUGGACAGUAUACAAUGAACCAUGACCAUUCCAAGAAGAUCCCUGAUGGAGCAUCGUUUGACCGCUCAGGAUCCCAGGACUCCUUGGAUGAACUGUCUAUGGAUGACUACUGGAAAGAACUUGAAAACAUCCAUGAAACCCGAGGAAAUAAUCACGAGGAACGAGUAGCACUUGUAGUGAAAGAGCCAGAUGAGGGAGAACUGGAAGAAGAAUGGCUGAAGGAGGCAGGUUUGUCAAAUCUGUUUGGAGAGAGCUCUGGCGACUCCCUGGAAAGCAUGGUGUUUUUAUCCACGCUGACCCGAACCCAGAAAGCUGCUGUGGAAAAGCGAGUGGAGACCGUUACACAAACCAUGAGGAAAAGAAACAAACAGCACCAGAUUCCUGAUGUCAGAGAUAUCUUCAGGCUACAGAAUGACUCAAAGGGAAAAGUCUGUGAUGGAAGUGAACCUUCAGCUGUGAGAACAAGUGAAAACAAAAAUGAAACACAUGAUGGAACAAAAGGUCCAAAUUUCAGUCUUGGAACAGAUGAGCCGAAGAGCCUGCCUGAAGACAUGCCAUCUUCAGACACUGACAUCAAUUUGGAGAUAUCAUUUGCAGAACAGGCAGCUAAUCUGAAGGACAGCUCAGUAGGCAAAAUGUACAAAGGUGGAGGGGGUGACACUCUUCUCCCGAAUUUCAGACUGCCGAAGGACAAAACAGGUACCACAAAGAUUGGUGACCUAGCCCCUCAGGACAUGAAGAAAGUCUAUUCUUUAGCACUGAUUGAAUUAACUGCUCUCUAUGACAUACUUGGGACAGAAUUCAAACAGCAAAAAGCUGUAAAAAUCAAAACCAAAGACUCUGGCUUGUUUGGUGUCCCACUGUCGCUUUUACUGGAACAGGAUCAGAAGAAGGUCCCAGGAACCAAGAUCCCACUGAUUUUUCAGAAGCUGAUUGCCCAGAUAGAAGAGACAACUCUGGAAACAGAGGGACUUCUUAGAAUACCCGGAGUUGCAACAAGAGUAAAGGGUCUUUGCCAAGAACUGGAAGCAAAAUUUUAUGAAGGGACUUUCAACUGGGAAAAUGUGAAGCAACAUGAUGCAGCAAGUCUUUUAAAACUCUUCAUCCGUGAACUGCCUCAGCCACUCCUCACUGUAGAAUAUCUCAAAGCUUUCCAAGAUGUGCAGAAUCUCCCAACGAGGAAACAGCAACUGCAAGCUUUGAAUCUUUUGGUUAUCCUUCUACCUGAAGCAAACAGAGACACGCUGAAGGUACUGCUUGAAUUCCUCCAAAGGGUAAUUGAUCACCGAGACAAAAACAAGAUGACGCUGAAGAAUGUUGCGAUGGUGAUGGCCCCAAACCUUUUCACGUUUCAUGGGUUUGGCUCAAAGACUAUCGAACAACGCGAGUUUGUCAUGGCAGCUGGGACAGCAAACGUCAUGCGCUUUAUGAUUCAGUACCAGAAACUUCUCUGGACAAUUCCGAAGUUUAUUGUUAACCAAGUGAGAAAACAAAACACUGAAAGCCAGAAGAAGGAGAAAAAGGACAAAGCUAUGAAGAAACUUCUGAAAAAGAUGGCAUAUGACCGGGAAAAGCACGAGAAACAGGAGAAGACUCCUAAUGAUACUGAUGUUCCUCAGGGAGUGAUACGGGUGCAGGCGCCUCAUCUUUCCAAAGUUUCCAUGGCAAUACAGCUGACAGAAGAGCUGAAAGCCGGUGAUAUAGUAGCCAGGUUUCUCAGCCAGAAAAGUGGAAAUGUCCAAACACUCAAGAAAGAAGAGGUCUUUCUUUAUGAAAUAGGAGGAAAUAUUGGAGAACGCUGCCUUGAUGAUGAUACCUACAUGAAGGACCUAUACCAGCUCAACCCAAAUGCUGAGUGGGUUAUAAAACCUAAACAGAGCUAAGAUCACAGCUAAUGGCAAAACCUCCAACCUGUGGACUUACGUUGUACGGCUGAAUGUUUCAAAGGGAGAGUGUGUCCUCUCAACAUUCAGCCAUUGUGUAUAUUGAUAGAACUUUAUCCAAUGUAAAAAAAAAAAGGCAAUAGUGACCCAACAGUUAUAACAAGUGAACUUUCAGUUUUACUUGCAGCAAAAUUUUGGAGAUAGCACAAUUUUCCCACUCAUGUUUGAAACGAGCAUAAGUACCUUAUAUAUUUUAUAUAUAAGUACCUUAAAUAUUUUAAUGGCACUAAGCUACCUCCCAUCUGGUAGGUCUUGUUUAAGAAUUUAUUUUUCAAGCAGGUGUUUAAACUCUUUGUAUUAGAGACCUACAAACUCUUUGAGUAGCAUUUUGUGUUCAUAUAGGGCUUUUCAGUGCUAAUGCAAUAGAGAACCAAAUCCUGAUCAGCACUUCUGAAUGGUACAGUAUUAAAAAUACCUGACCGAGUCAUAUGAAUUUCCCAAAUAAGUGUGAAUUUCACUGGAAAAAACUGCAAUGCAAUGUAUUUUGUCUUUGGAAGUCCUAAUUUAAAGUUUGAUGAAAACUAUUUAAAAACAACUGUGAAGAUGCUUUCUAUGCAGCUUUUUUGCUAGGUCUUUUAAGUAAUUUUAUUUUUACUCCAGUUGAUUGUGCUCUUGAGAUUAUUAUAAAACAAAAGAAAGGA